CGGAGGAUCGGAUGUUGCACUACCUGCGAGUGAAACUGGAAAUUUGCUUCUAGAUUUAUGAUUGGAUUUUGUCUUUAUUGCUGAAUGGUUUCAGACGUUUCAAGUUAAAGAAUCAGGGGAAAACAUACCUGCUAAUAUUAUCUUACUCUUCUUAUAGGUUUGCUUCUGUAAAAGACUACCUGUUCUACACUAUGAGGUUACCUGGUGGGCUCGUCACUUUGUGUUCUGUAUGAAUGGUUCAGAACAGUGCUCAACAUGUCGCUUACUUCUCCCUCCUUACCUGGGAAUAUAUGCAGAGUUGUAGCCCACCAAGCCAGGGACCUUAUAUACAAGGGAAAGGAAGACUCCAAUAAUGCCUUUGUGACGUUUACUCUCAACAAAAAUAAAUUUGCUACCUCAGUCUUGGAGAAGAUACAGACACCAGUAUGGAAUGAAGAAUGUGAAUUUGUAAUAGCAGACCAAGGUGGAACCUUAGAACUAGUAGUCUGCCAUUCAGACUUUCUUCGAGAAAGAUUUCUUGGCCGAGUAGAGAUUUCACUUAGUGCUAUAGCUGCAUCCUAUGGAAAGAGCGUAAAAAAAUGGUACAAGUUGCAGCCGAAAAAGGGCAAGGAAGCCAAGAAAAUAGGUGACAGGGGUCAACUAGAGGUCACAGUUCAAAUCUUGUACAGGGAAGAUAUAGGUCAGCAACCGGUCAAAGGUCAAGAGAAGAAACCAGCCUUGCUCAACAUUUUACCCUCCCCAGUAGCAUGGAGAAGAAGACAGUCCGGUACAUCUCCAGAGACAAAACGGAAAGAUUCAAGAAAAGAUUCGACAAAUGAAGACUACUUCUAUGACAUCAACAGAGAACUACAGUUUAAUGAUCCAGCCUUCUAUUCAGACGACUCUCAAUCCGUCGCCUCCUCGAUGAGCGAUGACUUCCGUACCAUUCACCAUCAACGAUACUCCACCCCCGAUGUCGUGGACCAAGCGAAGGAUCUGCGUUCACAGCCCCCUACCCCUCCCGUUCAGAAACCCCCUCCUUCUAACAGGUUACGACCGGGAGGUUUGACCGGGUCGGCGAGGGGUAAGGGGGGAAUCGGGAGGAAUGUUAAGACAGCUUUGGGCAACAUCUCAAAAGCACUGAGCAAAGAGCAUAUAGACAAGGUUGGGGUUAGCACCCCAGAUCUACGCUACGUAUCGUCUUCUUUGCCUCCCACGCCAAUCCACGAACACGAACAACACCAUCAGCACGGAACAUCAGCCCCGGAUGAACACGAUGGUUUCCGCAAUCCUGGGGUACACCUGGGCGUGUCCAGUCUAGGGGGUGCGUUGCUGGCCCCGCCCGCUUCCCUCCAAAGAGCCGUGUCGGAGGAGAGUUUGCUGAAAGAGAAGGAGGAGAGAGAGAAAGGAGAUGUCUCCGGUCUUGCAACAUUGCCUAGAGGAAGGCACUUGAAAAGAGAGAAUCGUCACAAGAAGGCGAUGAGUGCGUGCUUCACGGUGGAGGAAUUCAGUCAGGUCAACAAAGGUAGCGUGACCCCUGAUCUCCAGAAGACAACCCCCGAGAGUAAAGAGAAGCAUCUGAAGCAGAGUUCGACCAGCAAAUACGAUACGCUUACGAAACAGCAACUUGUGAACCUGGUCCAGCAGCAAGAAUCCAUUUUAUCCGAUAAUAUUCAACAAAUCAAGGAGCUUGAAGCUUAUAUUGAGAAGCUUCUACUGCGCGUGAUGAUGGAGUCCCCGGAUCUUCUCGAUAUAAACCGUCCCAUCAAGUUUUGAUUGUUUCAUCAAGGUGUCUAUGACGCAACAGUAAAUAGCUAGGUCAGAUGUGUUACAUCAAACAAGAAAGAGGAAUCAUGGCGUUUCAUGUAUGAUUUCUUGUGUAUUAGACAUUCAGGUAACAAUAAUCAUCUGAGUUCGCAGCACCCCAUACCUUAUCAUGAGAUUUAGGACGAUGAUUCAUCAUGAAUAUUCAUGAAUUAAAAUUACACCAAUCUGCAUGUAUAGACUAUGUUAAAAAUAUUCAUGAUUGUUAUGAUCAUAGGGUUUAACAUGCACACAACCUUGAUUAUGAAUAUUCAUAGCCACUGUAUUCAUCAGCUGUGACCAUCUAUAUUCAUCCAUAUUCAUGUCAAGUCUGUCAACAGGAUUGACAUAAUUGAUAAUGAAUAUUCAUGAAGAGACUGCGUUGCAUAGCAAGCGAGAAUGUGGAUGUACCUGCCACUAAAAUGCAAACUCCAAAUGUACUUCAACCUGUUUCUUGCACUUCGCUAUAUUGAAGUUGAAGUUGGUUGGAUCUGGGUUGUUCAAGGUCAUACUGGAUCAAACCGGACCUUAAUGGAUCGUACUGAAUCAUAGUGGUUCAAACUGGAUUGUACUGGGUUGUACUGGAUCUUACUAGAUCGUAAUGGAACCUACUGGAUCAGAGUGGAUCCAGCAGAAUUGUACUAGGUCAUACAGUCGAUUACACUCAAUUUACCAGAUCAUACUGGAUCAUAAAACAAUGUAGAUUGCUGUGGAUGAUCAUACUCGAUUAUACUGGGUCGUUCUGGAUCUUGCUAGGUAUCGAGAUUGUUCGUACCAGAUCUUUAACUGACCUUAAUCUUACCUGACAAGUUUUCAUGAUCUGAUGGUCUUUGAAGCUAAAAAAUAUACAUGUACCUCAAACCACAAGGCAGGAAUGCGCUAUUAAACUGAAAAUGAGUCUCCACUCUCUGGUACAAGGACCAGUUUUACAGCAAUAUCAGGAAGAUAAGUCUUGUUUUUACUUCAAAAAGUACCUGUAUACAAUUAUGAGCCCAUGAUCAAAAUACAUGUAGGUCAAUUCGGGGUAUGUUUGAAGAUCAGUUGCAUUUACUUAAAAUCUAAUGUAAAUUGUGACAAAAAGGAUGCUCUUUGCGUGUAAGUUUGUCUAAUGAUGUUUUCAUAUUUCAUUUUGUAAAAUGAAAUUUAACAAAUGGUGAUGUUGAAUGUCAUCAUGUGAUUAAUCACAUGAUGAGACAUGUGACUUGCUAUUCACUAUGCAUGCCUAAAUACGUGUUUCUGAUUAUUAAUUUAUCCCCAUCAUCAAUUUAUAAGAAUUUAACACUAAAGAUCAGUAUUGUCAUGUAGAUCUUUUCUAUCUGUUAUAAUUCUCAUAGCUAUGCAGUGCCUAUACCAUGAAAACCUUUAUAUAUUGUUGUAUAGCAUAAUGCUCAAUGGUACACACAUAUAUGCUGGCAAAAGUUGCAUGCCAUAAUGUAUACUAUCAAGUAUUAUAUUGCUCUUAUAAUACGUUUUCUAGAAUGCAAAAAAAGGUCCAACCAGAUCGAACGCCCAUUUUUUUUCACUUUCCAUUCUUUCACUAGUUGUAUGCAUUCAAAUGAAAUGGGAGAAGUUUGCUUAGUGAACAGUAAUGAUAAAAAUAGUAAGGAAACCAUUCUUACAUAUCACAUCUCUUUGCACUUCAAAAGGAUUUGGAUAUUAUUACCCUGGCUUUAGAUUGGCAAGCCUUCCACAGCACGGAAGCAUUUUAAGUAACAAGUUCCUGCCAGGCACCCAUUUAUAUCACUUGGGUUGAGUGCAGCACAUUUCAUUUUCUUUUUGAAGGGAUUUGGUGUGGCUUUGAACCCAGAACUCCCUGUUUCAUAGCUCUAAUCUACAGGAUCAUAAUACUAUAUAUUUGAGACUUAUAACUCUCUUCAACAUUUUGUUGAAUUUAUUUAUUUGUUUGUUUAAAAAAACAGGGAAUCCCAUUCAACAAUGUGUUGGUCUCCCCGGGGGCCCUGUGACAAUGUACAUAACACAACAUAACAAUCAUAACAAUUCAUUUACACAACAGCAUCAUGAUAAGAGAGUCCUAGAUAAAUAGGAGGAAUCUUAAAGCUAAAGUGGCUA